AUGAAUUCCAACAAUAAUUAAAACAAUGACAGUUCGAGUGAGGAUGAUCUUUAAGUGUAUGAGACACUCACCAAACUGGCACCUCCCAAUGAAUUAUUGCCUCGUAAAUUGACAAUUGACAUAGAUGUUAAAUCCUUAUAUCCUCUCAAGUAAUUUAAUUGUAGAUCUUAUAAGACCGCUUCCUCAAUUUUGUAAAACCUAUACAACUUUUUUUGAGGAGUCCCUAAAACGAGAUUGCUCGAUCCCUGACAUUUAGGUGACUGAUGAGAAUAGGACACUCCUAGAUUAUUACGAAGAGAAUAAACAGAAUUUAGUAUACAAACGAUUCGACCAGUUGGAUUUGGGCAAAAGGACUUCAAAUGACCGAACAUAUUUUGCUAGUCUCAUAGCCAAUUUUAAGAGGUAUGGACAAUUCUAAAUGAAGAACAUAACCAAGAGUCUUCUUCAGAGGAGAAGCACUUUUUGAUUAAAAAUUAACACCUUGUCCUUCUGACUAAAUAUAAUUUGAUUCCAAUUUUGAAUCAGGCAAUCUUUUCUGCGCAUUCAAAAAAGCAUAAAAUGUUUAUGAUCUCAUAAUUCAAAAUGAUAUCAAUACAAGAGGCAACACAUAAUGGUUUUUUUUUAGCAUAACCGGAGCCAAAGCAGGUUAAACCAUAUAGUUUAAUAUCCUCAAUCAUGUAUUUGGAUCAGUAAUUAAUUUUAGCUCAAAACUGGGAGUCUAUUUAAUGAAGGCCUACAACCAGCUGUCUAUUCUGUAAAAGAAAAUCAAUUAACAGGCACUGAAUGGUGUAGAGAUGGAUUUAACAUAAGCUAUUUCAAAAGCAUAUUCAUGAAAGAGUAUCCUCUAUCUUUGAAGAAGAAAUAUUAUCAACUAAGAUUUCAUUACACUUUUAAACACGAAGGAGACAAGGUUUACUUUGCUCACUCCUACCCUUAUACUUAUACAAAUCUAUUGGAGUUUUUGAAUACCCAAUUGGAAGAUCAAGAACGAAACUAGUAAUUUUAAAUUUUAAUAUUUCAGAUACUUAUCUCGAAAAGUAUUGUGUACAACUCUUGGUGGAAAUACAUGUGAAGUCCUAACUAUCACUUCUAAUUCGUUGUAGAAGAGGGCUUUUAGAAAGGGAGUAGUGUUUUUAGCCAGAUAACAUCCUGGCGAGCCUCAAGCAUCCUACGUUAUGCAAGGCAUUAUAGACUUUCUGACAUCUAAUAAUCCAUAGGCAGACUAUUUGAGAUAGAAUUGCAUUUUCAAAAUAUUCCCAAUGAUGAAUACUGACGGGGUAGUCAAUGGAAAUUACAGGUGUGGUCUUGAAGGAGGUGAUCUCAAUAGAAGAUGGAAGAAGCCCAACAAGUAUUUACAUCCGAGUGUUUAUUAUGCGAAAAAAUAUGUAAAAGGAUUUAGUAAGGAAAGGCAAAUAUUGUUGGUAGUUGAUUUGCAUGGUCAUUCAAGAAAGUAAUGAGGAUUUAUAUUUUAGACAAUCAUCAUUUGUAUAUGGUUGCGCUUACUCAUCUUAAGUAAAGACUAUUGAGAGAGUAUUUGCACUUUUGAUGUCCAAGGUAAAUCCAUUCAUGGAUUAUUCCUCUUGCACAUUCAGGGUUGAGAGUGCAAAGGAUAAAACUGCCAGGAUUCAAAUUUGGAGAGAACUCAAAAUCAACUGGGUCUACACUUAUGAAUGUAGUUUCUAUGGUCAACAGAAAAAACAUUAUUAGAUCAAGGAUUAUUUGAAUUGUGGUGUCAGUAUAUGCAAUGCCUUGUCUCAGAUUGUCAAGGACACUACAAAAGAGUUCACUAAUUAAUCUAAUUAGCCGGAUAUUUAGCAAUAGAUGUUGGAAGAAUUGGGCAAGAUGCCUCAGACUGAUGAUCAAGAUAUAGGAUCAGAUUCAAGUCAAUCUGAGGCAGAAUUGUCAGAUGAUGAGUUGGUUCAAUUGUUCCAACCCAAGACCUAUUCAAUCAAACAGAAAAACCUUUUAAAAUAAUAGGAAACAAAUAAUAAAAAAAAACCAUAAUAACCGAAUAGUAAUUUAAAAUCAACAAUAGCUUCACAAAAAGCAUCGAUCUUGCAGGAGUCCCCCUCCAAAAAUUCAGAAUAAAAACCGCCAAUGAGUAGCCAAAAGCCCAAGAAUCCUUUAUAUAGAAUCCAAGCUCCAUUGAGAGUACGAUAAUUAGACUAAGUAAAAUAACCAGAGACACCCCUAAUGGUUGACAAAUCGGUAUAGACUGACGAUUGGAUGUAUCGUUAAUGGCUGAUUCAAAUGGGAAAGCUAAAGAAGCAGCAAGAGUUCCAGAGUUUUACACCAACUCGAAAUAUUUACAAGUCAUCAUCUCAAUCAGUGACUAGAUUUGUUGUCAAGAAUUCCACGAUGAAGAAUGAUCGAGGCCGAGUCGACUCCAUUUCCCUUAUGGCAUCCGGUUUGCAAAAUAAACUAAGUAAAAUGUAGUUAACAAAUAAGUUUCUUCCAGUCAAUAGCGCUAAAUGAUGAGAUACUCUGGUAGUAAUUUUAUGUCUUGA